GCAAAGAUAAAGACCAGAAAGACUAAAAACAAGAGGGUAAAAGCCAGGUACACUUGAAAGUAGAGAACCAAAACCCGGAUUUAAUUGUGCGAAAUUAACCAGAUUUGAGAGAAGCAUGUCCCGGCCGUAAUACGGAGGAGAAUACUGGAUUCGCCUUCUUUCAUUCGGGUCAAAAUUAGCAAAGCAACACGAUUGGAACUGUGUUCUGACGUGAUUUCCCUUGCUGGAUUGGAUUAAUUUGAUUCUUCCGAUUAGCUGAUUGCUUUGUUGGCUGGCUGAACAAUUAGAUUAUUCGACGACCGAGGAGUACUUGCUUGCCUCCACCGUCAUAGAGGGGUGUAGAAAUGGAUUAGGUGGCUGGCUGCAAGGAGGUGAUAUAUAUGUUACCUAAAAGAGCACAAGUACCUUGAUUUGGGCUUCUUUGACACUCUUCACAAUGUCAUUGGUGAAACCUUUAAAGAAGCUUGUUUCUUGUGUUAUUCUUGAUUUGGAUGGUACACUUCUAAACACAGAUGGCAUUGUGAGUGAUGUUCUAAAGGUUGCCCUAGUUAAUUAUGGAAAGCAAUGGGAUGGCAGAGAAGCUCAUAAAAUAGUAGGGAAGACACCUGUAGAAGCUGCAGCUGUGGUUGUUGAAGAUUAUGAGAUUCCCUUAACAAAAGAAGAAUUUCUUACACAAAUUACUCCAAUGUUUUCUGAGCGGUGGUCCAAUAUUAAAGCUCUUCCAGGUGCCAAUCGAUUGAUUAAUCAUCUCAAAAGUCAUGGUGUGCUAAUGGCCUUGGCUUCUAAUUCUCCGAAGUCAAACAUAGAGACAAAAAUUUCUUAUCAUCAAGGUUGGAAGGAAUCCUUCUCCGCCAUUGUUGGAGGUGAUGAAGUUACAGCUGGAAAGCCAAAUCCUGAAAUUUUUCUUGAAGUGGCUAAAAGACUUGGUGUAAAUCCAUCCAACUGUCUUGUCAUUGAAGAUUCAUUGCCUGGUGUUACUGCUGGUAAGGCUGCUGAAAUGGAAGUGGUUGUUGUACCAUCCCUUCCUAAACAGUCUCAUCUAUACACUUCGGCUGAUGAGGUGAUCAAUUCACUUCUUGAUUUGCAUCCGGAAAAGUGGGGCCUGCCUGCAUUUCAAGACUGGGUAGAAGGAACUUUACCUAUAGAAACUUGGCACAUUGGUGGACCUGUCGUUAGAGGAUUUGGUCGUGGCUCAAAGGUGCUUGGGAUCCCAACAGCCAAUUUAUCUACAACCGGGUAUUCAGACCUCCUUACGGAAUAUCCAUCAGGCGUAUAUUUCGGGUGGGCUGGAUUAUCUAAUCAUGGUAUAUACAAAAUGGUCAUGAGCAUCGGUUGGAACCCAUACUUCAAUAACACGGAGAAGACCAUAGAGCCGUGGCUGCUACAUGACUUUAGUGAGGAUUUCUAUGGGGAGGAAUUGCAUCUUGUAAUUGUGGGCUAUAUACGGCCUGAGGCCAACUUUUCAUCGCUUGAAAGCUUGAUAGCAAAGAUUCAUGAGGAUAGAAGAGUUGCAGAGAAUGCCCUUGAGCUUCCUCUAUACUCAAAGUACAGAGAUGAUCCCUACCUGAAGAGUCCUCUACUCCAGAACAAUUUAUGAAUGUACGAUAAGCAGAAACUAGUUGUGGGCAUUUUUACAAAUAUAAAUCACAUUUAAAAAACUGUCCUUUAUUUAUCAAAUUUAUAAAAACCAUUUUGGUGGUUCUCUAUUUUUCAACCAUUGUAGUGUAGAUUAGGGUCUACCAUAUGCAUUGUGGAUCUGGUCUAGAUUAUAUUUAUGUAGUUAAUGCAUUAUGUACAUUAGUUUAUUUA